AUGAUACGUACCUUGACAGAUGCUGUGUGGCUUUACCCUCUGAAGGGGAUUGUCUACUUUGUCGGCCACCCAUACUUCUACCCUCUCUUCAAAGCACGUCUAGUCCCCGUCCUCCUCCUGUCCGCCUUCAUCUACGCGAAUCUAUUCAUCUGGGCAUAUCUUCCACAAGUCGCCUUCCUCGCAAUCUUUCAUGGGCCAGGAGCUUGGUUAAAUGCAACAUUUUUGGUCCUGGGCGAAGGCGCUGCCAUUGUCGCCUUGCUGUUUGAGGCUUUCUUCGUGGAUGAAACACUAGUGGAUAUCUUUGAUGCAGUCUUCAUUGACCAAGGUCUCGACGACAUGAUCGAUGAAGCUCGUCUGCUUGAUCAAAGGGGUUCCAACUCUGUCCAGAUGCUGGGGAAGCCUACAAAACCGUCGGUCUACAGUCCGUUCUCUCUGCGUCAGAUUAUCGAGUUCGUGGUUCUGCUUCCGCUCAAUUUGAUUCCCUUUAUUGGCGUUCCAAUCUUCAUGAUCCUCACAGGAUACCGAGCGGGCCCAUUUCAUCAUUGGAGAUACUUCCAAUUACGCGGUUUCUCAAAGAAGGAACGAAAGGGAUAUAUUGAGAACCGGCAGCUGAAGUAUACCUGGUUUGGAAUUGUGACAUUGACCUUGCAGCUUGUUCCAGUCCUGAGCAUGUUCUUCCUACUGACAUCUGCUGUUGGUAGUGCCCUGUGGGCCGCGAAGAUGGAAAAGGCCCGGCGGGCCCGGGAAAGUCUUCCUGCUUCAACCACGGACCCAUAUCGAGAUGACCCAGCGUAA